ACUUGAACAUUUUGUUCACCAGCAAUAUCCACGCAGACACACUGCGACGAAUCCCAGUACUUCAGUCUUCCAGUCCCGCUAAGCUACGACCAUGGACAGUCUAGCAGUAGCAGGCAGCCUGUUGGCGGCCUCACUUCUUUAUUUAGUACUGCAGCGAUGGCUGCGGGGAAACAGACCACCGCACUGGUCCCGCCUGCCUCCGGGUCCUCCGGGGUAUCCACUCGUGGGUCACCCGCAGUUCAUGCGCAAGGACUUCCACUGCAACCAGGCCAUGAAGUGGGCCAAGCGGUACGGGCCCAUAUACAGAAUAAAGACAGGCCCUACAGCCAUGGUUCUGCUAAACGACUUCCAGUCGAUAAAGAAGUUCCUCACUAAACGAGAAGUCCUAUACCGUCCAGUCAACUGGUUGUUUAAGGGAACAGUGUACGGAGGUGUAGCAACGAUGAACGGCGAAGUGUGGGAACACAACCGGAGAUUUUGUCUUCACGUCCUCCGGAAUCUUGGUUAUGGCAAGACUUCCAUGGAAGAACACGUAAAGGACGAGUGUCAGAGCCUAAUAGAGAAAGUGGCCGAGGCGAAGGGAGCACCCAUCGCCUUCCAGGACUACCUGCUAACCAGCACGUCAAAUAACAUUUCGGCACUGGUCUACGGCCGCGGGUACCCGUUCGACCACCCGCGUCGCCGUUUUCUCGACGACCUCCUCAACGACCUGUUCAGGGCUAUCCGGGCCGGUAGCCUGGUCGAAUUCGUGCCUCCCUUCCUCCUGAACGUCGUUUCCAAACUGCCUUCAACGCGCCAGACGGCCAUUGUCUCAAAACAGAUCGAGGAGCACAGGGCAACCCUCGACGAGCAUUUCAAUCGUGACUUCAUCGACGGAUAUCUAAAGAAGACCAAGGAGCACGACGCUGAUCCAGAUUUAAAUUUUCAGGAGCGGUAUCUCCUGGGCAACCUGCUGAGCUUCUUCAUCGCCGGCUCGAACACCGUGGCAGUCACCCUCCAGUGGCACGUCUUGAACUUGGCCGACAAGCCGGACACGGUGCAGGCCAGGAUUCGCCGCGAGAUCGACGAAGUGGUGGGCAAAGAGAGGCAGCCCGCGUGGGAGGACAGGAACAAGAUGCCUUACACGAUGGCCUGCAUCUGGGAGAUGUACCGCUGGAAGACCGUGUCGCCUCUCGGUGUGCCCAGAAGCGCCGGUGAAGACACGUUCUUCGACGAAUAUUACAUACCGAAAGGAACCACCGUUUGUCCCAACGUGUGGGCGGUGCACAACGACCCUGCGUUCUGGAAGGAGCCUUUCAAGUUCGACCCGGGCCGCUUCUUGAGAGAGGACGGCUCUUUGAUUCAACCGAAACCAGAGUACCUGAUCCCAUUUUCCAUCGGCAAACGUAUGUGUCCCGGCGAGGUCCUGGCCUCCGUGGAGAUAUUCCUGUACCUCACUAGCAUGCUGCAAAAGUAUUUCGUCCUCCCCGAAGGUGACAAGAUACACGGUCUGGACUCUAUCGACAUCCCGCUUGUGGAGCUCAACAAGUACAAAGUGCGGUUCGUGCCCCGAUAGCGUUGCUGUUGGCCCCCAGCUACUAGUAAGAUGCCCAUUCCCUGCAGCCGACCACCAGUAGGACAAUUUCGAGAGUGCUCCUAAUCUCCGAAGAAAGUCGAUGGUCCGAAUAUCUCCCAACCUAACUUUGUUCUUGAAUAACGUUGCGGAAAUUCAGCACUAUACCUCCAUACUAUACGCAUUUGAGCUUGAAAACAGAGUGACGUGAAGGAUGAGAAACCGCCAUACGUGCCAUACAUAUCUAAUAAAACAUAGUUUUAAUCAAUUGAUCGAUCGAUCAAUCAGAAUUUAUUGAGAUGUUGAGCACCAUAUCAAUGGCGAGAGGUGGAAAUGAUUGACUUGAGGCUCUGUGCCCCCUAGAAGAAACUUGGAGUGUAUGGACAGCAGUUCUUUGAAGCGAGAAAAUAAAGCAGUCUAUACAAUCAUUUCACAAAGUGAUGAUUACUCAAAGUUAACAAUACGUGCUGCAUGAAUUAGUGCACACUAUCUUUGCAGCAAGACAAAAAAAUAGAUUGUACAACCGGAUGGAUGAAACGGAGACCAAUUAAACGGUCGCUAUAAACAACCCUACCGAAAGAGUCUGAACCUGAGCUUGUUGGUGCGGCUUCAUGGCAAAAGCAGCGCUCGUCAUGUCUGGACUGUGUUGUACCGUUUUUCUCGCGCUGUAUUUCUCCAAGAACACUGUUGAAAAAUAAACCCAGCCGAGACAGAUUUUCACAGGAAGAGUUAGACUAGAAGUGAUCAAAAUGUCAAACAUGUCAUCAUCAUCAAAACAUGUCCUACCAAAUAAAUUAUUCUGCGCGUCUCCUCAUAACUCCACGUUGUCACACAUUCGACCCACCACCCCCAAGUAUCCUCCUUGGCGCGGGUCACCAGUAAUUAAACACAAAUUAACAAAGAAGCUCGAGAA